AAAAGCACUGAAGAAUCUCAUGAUCACGUUCUUUUGGAUAUUCCUGUCACUAGAGAGCGGAUGAUUCACUAUCGAGCUGCAGCUGAAACUGCUCAAAGUGAACUUGCAGCACUUUUGGUGAAGUAUGAUUGUGCCCAGUCAGAGCUUCUUGAACUCAGGUCCGGAAUGGUCUCUAAAGAAGCCUCUUUUCAAGAGCUGAAGGCUGAAGCUGAAAGCUACAAGGAAAGAAAUGCUAGACAGAUGUCUCGCCUCCUGUCUUUGCAAACUCGAAUUCAGGAGGUGGAGGAAGAGGCAUGUGUGCUUGCCACUUCUAAAAACCAGGCUGAGCUGACAGCUCAGGUGGCAUUCAAGGAAAACCAGGAGCUGAAGGAGGAGCUUCAUGAGCAAAAUGCCAAACUUAAUAAAUAUUUGAAUGACUGUGAAGAAAGCAUGACUCAAGCUUCUAAAAUCAGCAGAAAGUAUGAAGAGCUCCUUAUGCAGCUUUCUGGAUUCUUGGACACAGACAUCAGAGAAAAAGAGAAACCACAAGAACAUUUAAUGUCAAAGGUCUCAGAAAUAUGUAAAGAAAACCUGACACUAAAAGACCACAUUGCUACUCUUCAAGAAGCUAUAAAAGUCCAUGAGAUGGAGUCCAAAGCUAGUAGAGAAACUAUCAUGAGGCUUGUUUCAGAAGUGACCAAGGAGCAGAAAAAGGCAGCAGGAUACUAUCAAGACAUGGAAAAAUUUAGUAAGGAUCUUGACAGCACCAUAAUAGGGAAACAGAGUUUGGAGAUGGAGAUCAGAAACCUCCAAGAUAAACUGACUGCUAACCAGAAAGAUCUGGAUGCCUCAAAGUGGGAACUGCACAAUCUGAAGAAAUCUUCCAGUGAGCAGGAUGAAAGCUUGAAGAGCAGCAGAGAAGAGGCCAGGGCUGCUCACAGAUCUUUAGUGGCUUUUAAAGAGAAAAUUGCUACCCUACUCAGUGGUGGAUCUGCAACAGUUAAACCUUCUGAGAAGGCUAUUUUGGAGAGAAUCCAAGAAAUAAAUUGCAAAGGGGAGAGUAAAGAAAUAAUGGUAUCUCAGCUCAAAACCCAAAUAGCUGAAUUGACUGAAGCUUUGGAAAAUCAGACCAGAUUGUACCAAGAAGCUCUCGAGAGGAGCAGGAAAGCUGAAAAACGUUCUGAGACUUUCCAGGAUCAACUGAAACACUUGGAAGAGGAAUUACUGUCUGUAGAUCUGAUGCAAGAUGGUUUGAAGCUUGAGAAACAAAAAUAUCUGAAAUUUCUGGAGCAACUUAAUAAGAAGAUGAAACUGGAUAGCCUAGCAACAGAGGUCGGAUUUGAUAUGAAUGUUGAUGUGAUUCUAGCUCGGGUAGAGCAGUUAGUGAAACUGGAAGGUGAUGCAGUGAUUGAAAACAAGACUAUGGCAUAUAGCCUAAGAAGGAAGUUGAAGACUCAGAAGGAAAAACUUGAAAGCAAAGAGCUGCACAUGAACCUUCUGCGGCAGAAAAUAACCCAGCUGGAGGAAGAGAAGCAAGUAAGGACCGCCUUAGCUGUGGAGAGGGAUGAGGCCAAUCUCACUGUCAAAAAGUUACAUAAGAUGAUAGAGAGGUUACAGAAGCAGCUUGAUCUGGCAAGGGAAGUGAAUACUGAUCUCAAAGCCAAGCUGUCUGAAACCAAUGAACUUAAGAUCAAAACUUUGGAGCAGAAUAGAACAAUAGAAGAACUCAGUAAGUCUCAAGGCAAAUUGGAAAUUAUGAAAGAAAAGGCUGAGAAACAGCUUACCUCUGUCAAAUCAGAACUUCUUUUAAAGGAGCGUAAAGCUACUGAAGAUGAAGAAAAAAACAAAAAUAUUUUAGAAGCAGUUACUGGUGAGAUGAAGGUGCUUAAAACAACCCUUGCAGAAUUAGCAAAAAGAGAGAGACAGCUGGCAGAUUUCCGAGAGGUGGUCUCGCGGAUGCUGGGCCUCGACGUUGCCAGCCUGGCUCUUCCUGACUAUGAAAUCAUUACACAUCUUGAAGGGUUGAUUCACUCUCGUCACCACCACUGCUUCCCCUGUGUCUGCCUGAAAGACGUGGCAAGGGCACCACAGGAACACUCGCAAAGCAACAUACCGCUUCUUCACUGA